CGAAAAUCCCUGUGACAUGUCGCAGCUCGUCACCGCCGCGGCUCCUGCCACCCCCCGGCACCUCGGGCUGUCGGGCCGCCCCCGGGUUACCGCUCUGCUGAUGGAGACCGCCAAGCUCAACCCCAUCAUCCGGGAUGUCUACGGGGCCGCUGGCCGUGUCCAGCAAACGCCGGGCGCCGCGGGGGUGCGGAGGGGCAGCGGGUGCCGAGAGCUGAUGGUGAAGCUGUCGGAGGGGCAGUACGUGCUGUGCCGCUGGACAGACGGGCUCUAUUACCUUGGGAAGAUCAAAAGGGUGAGCGGCUCCAAGCAGAGCUGCCUCGUCACGUUUGAGGACAACUCCAAGUACUGGGUCCUCUGGAAGGACAUCCAGCAUGCCGGCGUCCCCGGGGAGGAGCCCAAAUGCAACGUCUGCCUGGGAAAGACAUCGGGCCCCAGGAACGAAAUCCUCAUCUGUGGGAAGUGUGGGCUGGGUUAUCACCAGCAGUGCCACAUCCCCGUGGCGAGCGGCGGCGAGGGCCCACUGGGGACACCGUGGUUCUGCCGCCGCUGCAUAUUUGCCCUGGCCGUGCGGAAAGGGGGUGCCCUAAAGAAGGGAGCCAUCGCCAAGACGCUGCAAGCCGUCAAGAUGGUGCUGUCCUACAACCCCGACCUGCUGGAGUGGGACUCCCCGCACCGCACCAACCAGCAGCAGUGCUACUGCUACUGCGGGGGCCCCGGAGAGUGGUACCUGAAGAUGCUGCAGUGCUACCGCUGCCGGCAGUGGUUCCACGAAGCCUGCACCCAGUGCCUCAGUGACCCCAUGAUGUUUGGAGACCGGUUCUAUGUGUUUUUCUGCUCCGUGUGCAACCAGGGACCUGAAUACAUCAAGCGCCUGCCCUUGAGAUGGGUGGAUGUCGUCCAUCUUGCCCUCUACAACCUGGGUGUGCAGAGCAAGAAGAAAUACUUUGAUUUCGAGGAGAUCUUGGCCUUUGUGAACCACCACUGGGAUCCGCUGCAGCUCGGGAAGCUGACGGGCACCCCCAUCUCUGAGCGGGGCCCCCACCUCCUCAAUGCUCUCAACAGCUAUAAAAGCAGGUUUCUGUGUGGGAAGGAAAUCAAAAAGAAGAAAUGCAUCUUUCGCCUGCGGAUCCGUGUCCCCCCGAACCCCCCCAGCAAGGUGCUGCCAGAGAAAGCCCCCGGCGUGGGCGAGAGCGGCUCCUGCGAGCUGAAGAAGAGGGGGAAAAGCAAGUACAUCCAUAAAGACAGCCUCCUGCCACGGCAGCUCCAGCAGCAGAAGCGGCGAGCGGCGCGGCGCAAGAGGGCCAAGUUCCUGCUGGAGGACGCCAUUCCCAGCAGUGACUUCACCUCCGCCUGGAGCACCAACCACCACCUGGCCAGCAUCUUUGACUUCACACUGGAUGAGAUUCAGAGCCUGAAAAGUGCCAGCUCGGGACAGACUUUCCUAUCGGACGUGGACUCCACGGAUGCCGCCAGCACCUCGGGCUCAGCCACCACGAGCCUCUCCUACGAGUCCAGCCGCAGGACCGUGGGCAGCCGCAAGCGCAAGUUGGCAGCCCCGGCCUACGCCACAGGGGCGAAGAGGAGAGGUGGGGAGGUGAGAGGGGGGCACCUGGCCAGGGGUACCCCCGAGGGCAGCGAGGCCACCUGCGGCCCCGACCGCCCCGACGAGGGCAUCGACAGCCACACCUUUGAGAGCAUCAGCGAGGACGACUCCUCGCUCUCCCACCUCAAGUCCUCCAUCAGCAGCUACUUCGGGGCGGCGGGCAGGCUGGUCUGCGGGGAGAAGUACCAAGUGCUGGCGCGGCGGGUGACGCUGGAGGGGAAGGUGCAGUACCUGGUGGAGUGGGAAGGCACGACCCCUUACUGAGCUCCUGCUGAACCCCAAACCUCUCCCGGAGCCAAACCAGAGAGGAGAUGAGGAUGAUGAUGAUGGGGAAACCCUCGCCGCGAAGCAGAGGAGGGACGCUGGCCGGUGGGGAGGGCUGGGACCCCUCGGUGCUCAGGGGUUCCCAGCUGGGACCGGCCCCCAGGAACUGCCCCUGGUGAAGGCAGCAUCACCAGCACCAUCAGUGGUGCUGCCCAGGGGUGAAACUUUUUUAACUUAACAAUUGUUACUUUAUUGGCUGUGUAGAUUCAGAGCGUGGCCCAGCCGCGCUUUCCUGGUGGAGCCUUUGGCCGAGCCCGAGGCACCAUCAUGGUGGUGGAAAGAGCAGAGACCGAGUCUGGCCUUUCCAGAAGGGUCCCCCCGGCGUGGCUGGGACCCCCUGGGAAAGCCCCUUUGGGGCAGCCCAUGACCUGCAGGUGCAGACGGAUGCCAUGCCGUGCCCCCUGACUCAUCCCCACCUCCCAGCCCUGCAGAGCCGACUCGAGGGGGUCCUGCCCAUGAAGCCAAAGGCAGGUCCCUCACCCGAGCUCUCCCAGCCCGUCCCUCUGCCCGUGGGGAACUGUGGGCAGCCCUCGGCAGAACUGGGAGAUGGGGUUCUCCUUCUCCUAAAUCCAUUCAUUAAAGGAAUGUGGUUUGUUUUAAAUGAGGGGAAAGUGCCCCCUGAACAGCCCACGUGUGGCCGGUUUUUGUGGCCGUGGGGCAGAUGUAGGUGAUUCCUCUUGUCCCGCGACCUGGAUGGUGUGUGAUGAGGCACCAGCUUCGUUUCCCUGUUCUUCUGACAAUCAUAGUCUUGGAAGAGAUCAGCCAAAAGAUAACGCCUUUGCCUUAAAACCACCGCGGGCAUUUCACAGACUGGAGCCCGAGGCCUUUAUUCCCGCAGGAAUCCUCGUCCUGCAUGUGCCAAACAAGCAGACAAACCAAAAAGGCUGGAGAGGAUGGCAGGGGCGUGGGGAGGGGGUUGUACCAGGGUCCCUGGGGCCAUCCCCGUGGCCUCGUGGCUGUGCCUCGCUGCAGGGCAGGCAGCCACCCUCUCUGGUAGUGGGGUAAUGUCGAUGUCUGUGGGUGCGUGGGGUGGGUUUGUCUGCAGAAGAGGAGGAGCAGCCCCUUUCUUUAACUAAAGCAAUACUGCCAGGGUGUUCAGCAAAGCAGCUGUCUUUUUUUUAAAAAAAAAAAAAAUCUAAUAUCACCAGACAUAUUUGUUAGUCUUUUUUCUAAGAGAGAUCUCUAUAUAUAUGUUUUUAGUGUCGUCCUUCUCGUCUCUCCCCCCAUCGCCACCGUGGCUGUCCCAUGGGGCCGGAGGGCGGGCGAUGCUGUGGGGCUGUGGGUGCUGCUCUGUCUGCACACCCCUCCCUGCAGCCCCGUCCUUGUUCAUAUGUGCAGUUGUGGGAUCUGCCGAGCGGAGGGUGAACUGAAAAGGUGGUUUUAUUGAAAAAGGACUUCAGAAAAUUCAUUGGUGUGAUCGGCACGAGGGAGCGGGUGGUGUUCGCAAACCAGAAGCCAAAGCGUGGUCCUUUAAAACCAAACUUCCGCUUCAGCUACUGCUGAAAUAAUGUAGUGAGACACCCAGGAAGGGGCCAUUUAUCUGUUGUUUUAAUUAAUCUCGCAGGCAGCAGGCCCUUGUGUGGCUGUGAGGUGACAGUGCCAGUGAUGAUGCCUCACACGGGGCCGUGGUUCAGAGCAGCAGCUUCUCUGCAGCCCUGGGAUGUCCCCACCUGGUUUGGGCCAGCCAGGAGCUGCUUCGGUGCCCACAUCAGGAGUGUGAAUAUUGGUCUUGGCAGGUAAAAAAGUGUUUUAACUCCGUUCUGAGGAGUUGCCCAGUGUUGUGCAGCUGGUGGUGUGUGCAUGAGCUCUGGUAGAGGACCUUCUGUCCAACUCCAGCCAUGAGAUGGUUUGAGUGGAGCAGGGUCAGACGUGCCUUGGGGAGAGGUGCUUGGCACCCUCAGGGGCUGCAUCUCGGCUCAUCCCCAGGGAGUCAUCUCCAUGGGGACCCCGUCCUUGUGGGAGAUGGGCUGUUGGGACCCCCCAUCCUGCAGCCAGUGGGGUCUCUUCCCCAUGCUGCCUUGGCUUGUCACCAAAAGCUCAUUUAAAGUAUUUCCCUUUCACCAGUGCCUGUGAAAUCUGUGUUACUGCCCCUGGGGGUGGAGGGGGGGGGUCUGCCAAGAGUUGUGCCAGGGAUGAGCAGGGUUAUUCCCAUGGGAUGUGCCAAUGGACAUUGCACUGGUGGGAGCACCCGCACCGCGUGGCCCCCCGUUCCCUUCCCCUCCCUCUCUUCUCCCUCCCCUCCUGGCCUCUUGCAGAGAACUGAAUGUGGAGCCUUGAAAAAUAUUUUUGUUGCAGAGUAUAUUUUGCAUUAGCUGUAAUAGAUGUUAUAAUGACUCUGUGCACCUUCUGAAGACUUGUGAGUUCAGGUUGCUGCUUGUAAUAACCAACUCUUGUUAUACCUGAGUUGUAAUUAAUAUGUCUGAUGUACAAUUAAAAGGUCUUUUUUUGGUUGUGG